CAUGGCGCCUGCCGCCCCUUCCCCGGACCCUGCCACCGGAUGCGGAGCUCCCCGUCCCACCCACUGAGCCUAUACCUCCAUGCGGGCCCGCAGAUUGGCUCCUGGUUCGGAAGUUGCGCUCCCGCUGCCGGAAGCGGUCCGGAGGCGGGCACUAAAGGGUCAGAGAUCAACUGAGUGACUGGCGCACCUUUGGGGUUGCGGCUCCGGCGCAAAGCCCACCAGGCACUGAGGAUGCAGCAGUGAACAAAACAGUGCCUGCCCCGGCAGAGCUGCCGUUCUGAUCUCCCGAUGACAGGGUGCAGCCCUGCGUUGGCCAUGCGGCACGUCGUGGGUGUGUCUCCCGUUCUGGUGCGGAGAGGCCUCCCUGGAAGGGACCUCUUUAUGACCAGGACUCUCUGCAGCCCAGGCCCCAGCCAGCCCAGAGAGAAAAGACCUGAGGAGGUGGCCCUCGGGCUGUACCACCGCCUCACAGCGCUGGGAGGAGCCCUGGGGCACAGCAUUCAGCAACGAGCAUCCUCCAUGGCCAAGACUUGGUGGGACAGAUAUGAAGAGUUUGUUGGACUCAAUGAGGUUCGAGAGGCCCAGGGAAACGUGACUGAGGCAGAGAAAGUGUUCAUGGUGGCUCGAGGGCUUGUCCGGGAGGCUCGGGAGGACUUGGAAGGUCAGCAGGCCAAGCUGAAGGAGGUGAGGGACCGCUUGGACCGCAUCUCCAGAGACGAUAACCAGUACCUGGAACUGGCUACUCUGGAGCACAGGAUGUUGCAGGAGGAGAAGAGGCUUCGUAUGACCUAUCUGCGUGCCGAAGACUCCGAGCGAGAGAAAUUCUCCCUCUUCUCUGCAGCUGUGCGGGAAAGUCAUGAGAAGGAGCGCACUCGGGCUGAGAGGACCAAGAACUGGUCCCUCAUUGGGUCAGUCCUGGGGGCCUUGAUUGGUGUGGCUGGCUCCACCUACGUGAACCGUGUGCGGCUACAGGAGCUGAAGGUCUUGCUUCUGGAGGCUCAGAAGGGGCCUGUGAGCCUCCAGGAAGCCAUCCGAGAACAGGCGUCCAGCUACUCCCUCCAGCAGAGGGACCUCCAUGACCUCAUGGCAGACCUGAGGGGCCUGGUGCAAGCUGGGCCUGGGCAGAGCUCUUUGUCCCAGGCAGGUACUUCCCCCACCCGAGACAGAGACACAGAUGUCCUUUCAGCUGCCUUGAGAGAGCAGCUCAGCCAUUCCAGGCAGGUCCAUUCAUGUCUAGAGGGUUUACGAGAGCAGCUUGAUGGCCUGGAAGAGACUUUGAGCCAAGUGGCUGGGGUGCUUCAGCUUGCAAAGGCUGCAGCGCACCCAGGCCUGGUGGAGCCGGCAGAUGGGGCCCUGUCUGGGUCCUUGCUGGAACAGGGGACCAUGAUCUUGGGGCUGUCGGACAUGGAGCAGAGGCUAGAAGCCCAGGUCAACAGGAACACCAUCUAUGGCACAUUGGUCACCUGCAUGACAUUUGUGGCCAUCCUGCCUGUGCUGUAUAUGCUGUUCAGGGCCAGCUAGCCCCUGGACCCACCUCCAGAGGGAGGAGGUAUGGAUGUGGAUUUAGUUAGAGAAUGAAGCAAUGAAGUGAGCCUUCAGGGGUGCACUCAACCUCAGCCUGAGUCUGUGGCUCACCAGCAGACAUACUUUGCUUUUUAGGCAACACUCAUUUACAUUAACUAUCGAAAAUUUGUGCUAAUGUCCAAUUAAACUGUCUUUAAGUUUG